AUGGGCUGGAGACGCACAGACUGCCUCGCAAAGCCUCUGUCAGGCCUUUUUGAAAGACUCGGAUCGCUUGUGGGCUCCUGUCCUUUUUAAUUUUUCAUAAUUCCCGUUCUCCUCUCAGUGGCACUCGGCGGAGGCUUCAUUUUUCUCGAAGACAGGGAGGACAAUGAUCUUGAGCGGCAAUUCACACCCCAGAAAGGACCCUCAAAGGCAGCAAGAGCUUUUGUCAGAGAAAACUUCCCCUACAAUGACUCCAUGUUUUCAGAACACAGGCUGUACGACAAGGGCAACUUUGCAUCCCUCAUUGCCGUGUCAUCAGACAAUUCAAAUAUACUAGCGGACCCUGCCUUUGAGGACAUCAUCAAACUCAACAAUAAGAUCCUUAAUAUCACUGUGGACAAUGGGAGACUGGGAUUCAAUGAGCUGUGUGCGAAAGCCAACGGAGAAUGCAUCUCAAACAUCAUCCUGAAAAUUGUUAGCUCUAAUGAAACUGAUCACGCCAGCAUCACCUACCCUGUACGUGCAUACGGCUCCAGUUCAGUGUUUCUGGGCUCUGUGCUUGGUGGGGUUAUCACGGACGCCAGCGGCUCAGUCGUAAGUGCUCAGGCCGUAAAACUCUUCUACUACUUAGGGAACCAGGAAAGCACAGCUGAAGCCUCCAAAUUAUGGCUGAGAGGAUUUAAAGGACUCUUAUCAGAUGAGAUGGACAGCAAACACACUGACGCGUCUUACUACACCUCCAAAUCCAGGCAGGAGGAGAUUGACAGUCACACCACAGAUGGCUUUCCUUUAUUCCUCAUCACUUAUGCCUGCGCUAUCACCUUCUCGGUGAUAUCCUGCCUGAGAAUGGACAAUGUGAGGAACAAGGUGUGGGUGGCUGUCUUUGGCGUCUUCUCCUCUGGACUGGCUGUUCUUUCCUCCUUGGGCUUGUUGCUUUACAUCGGCGUGCCAUUCAUGAUUACAGUUGCAAACUCGCCUUUCCUAAUACUUGGAAUUGGUCUCAACAACAUGUUCAUAAUGGUGUCCGACUGGCAGCACACCAACGUGAAAGACCCAGUGCCGAAGCGGAUGGCGCACACUAGCAAAGAAGGUAUCAUGUCUGUCACCAUCACAGCCCUGACCGAUGUCUUCAAGUUCUUCAUAGGCGUCAUGUCCGACCUCCCAUCGGUGCAGUCGUUCUGCCUUUGCACCAGCACCUCCAUCAUAUUUUCUUACAUCUACACAAUCACCUUCUCUGGGGCCUUCCUGGCUCUAAACGGAAGGCGAGAGGCCAGCGACAGGCACUGGCUGACCUGCAUGAAAAUAUCAUCCGACAAUCCUGAUCAUCGUUCUGCGGUGUAUAACAUAUGCUGCAUGGGAGGCGACUAUGAUAAGAACACUGGAGCAGAAAAAAGACAACCAGCAAGUAAUUUCUUUAAGGACUACUAUGGCCCAUUUUUGAUCAAACCCUGGGUCAAGGGAGCUGUAAUUUUCCUUUAUUUCGUAUAUUUAGCCUCAAGUAUUCAUGGAUGUUUCCAGGUACAACAGGGGAUAGAGCUUUAUGAUCUGGCAGCUGAUAAGUCCCAUGUUACAAGAUUCAAUAGGAAGGAUUGGCAGUAUUUUUCUAAUUACGGUUCAUCUGUGAUGGUUAUUGUAAGCGAGGAAUUCCCGUAUUGGGAUAAGACUAAGAGGUACCAACUUCAGGGAUGCUUAGAGGACUUCAGACGGCUCCAGUUUGUAGAUAAGGAUGUGUACACAUCCUGGCUGGACUCUUAUUUGUCAUAUGGACAAGAAAGACAUGUAAACUUUGAUGAUAAAGAUGUUUUUCUGAAAAAUCUAUCUCAAUUUUUUGAUUUAUUUCCUUUUCUAAAGCAAGACAUUAAUCUCACUGGGGAUGCCAUCCCCGCAUCCCGGUUCUUCAUUCAGACUCCUGAUAUUGCCAACGCCAGCAUGGAAAUCGAAAUGCUCAAAGUUCUUAAAACCACCGCAGGCAGAUGCCGUGCAGCGUCUUUAGUAGUCUAUAACCAAGAAUUCAUCUUCUUUGACCAGUAUGGUGUAGUAGUGAGUAGCACGGUUAAAAACGUUGGCGUCAUCACAGCUGUGAUGUUGGUUGUCUCUCUCCUGCUGAUUCCUAACCCCAUCUGCUCAUUAUGGGUGACUUGCUCGAUUGGUUCAGUCACUGCGGGGGUGACUGGUUUUAUGGUGCUGUGGGAUGUCAGUCUCGAUUCCAUAUCCACGAUCAUUUUUACCGUCUGCAUUGGCUUCACGGUUGAUUCCUCAGCUCACGUGUCCUAGGCCUUCGUCUCCAGUAAGAAGCAGAAUCCCGAUGACAAGGCUGUGGAUGCUCUGUCCAGUCUAGGCUAUCCCAUACUUCAAGGCGCCUUGCCCACCAUGUUAGGGGUGUCAGUGUUGGCUACCUCUGAAUUUCACACAUUCAGAACAUUUUUUAAGAUCUUCUUUCUUGUCAUGUUUAUUGGGAUGGUUCACGGCCUUGUUUUCAUCCCAGUAUUUCUGACAUCAUUCAAUUGCUGCUCAGAGAAAGAUGAAAGCAAAGACAAAAGUCUAAAAAUCAGCAAACUAUAA